UCCAGAUAAAGCCAUACCGUAGGUCAUAUGAUGGAGAAAUCAAAUCAAACCAUGGUGACAUAUUUCAUCAUUAGCGGCAUCACAGAUAUCUUAGAGUUACAAGCUCCAGUAUUCCUCCUCGUUCUGCUAAUGUAUCUUUGCACAAUUGGUGGCAACAUGACUAUUCUUCUCUUGGUCUACACAGAUCAUCAUCUCCAUAUUCCCAUGUAUUUCUUCUUGGCCAACUUGUCCAUAGUCGACAUGUUUUCUUCCACAGUUACUCUACAUAAUGUCCUUCUUAUAGGAAUAACUGGAAAUAAAGCCAUUACAUAUUUAUGCUGCAUAGUGCAGAUGUAUUUCUUUGGAUCUUUUGUCAGUAAUGAACUAUUGCUAUUAACAGCUAUGAGCUAUGACCGAUAUGUCGCCGUAUGUAACCCUCUGAGAUAUACAAUGAUUAUGAACAAUAGAAUUUGUGCCAUUUUGGCCACUGUCUGUUGGGUGCUUGGUUUUAUAGAAACGAUACCAAAUGUUGUCUUGGUGACAAGAUAUAACUGUUACAGGUCCAAUGUGAUCAACCAUUUCUUUUGUGAUCUUCUGCCCAUCAUAAAACUAUCUUGCAAUGAUACUUCUGUUUUACAGACUUUGUUCAUUGUUGAAGGAACAGUUGUUUUGGGUCUUGCUCCUUUUUUCUUAACUGUUAUUUCUUAUGUAUUUAUUAUCUCCACCAUAUUGAGAAUACGUUCCAGCAGUGGUAGACGUAAGGCCUUCUACACAUGUUCCUCACACCUCACAGUUGUCCUCCUCCUCUAUACUACGCUAGUCUAUCAAUACCUAAGGCCAAUUUCAGCUGAUAGUCUUGAGUACAAUAAGUUGCUCGCUCUGUUUAACUCAGCUGCUGUCCCGAUUUUAAAUCCUCUUAUAUACAGCCUAAAAAAUAAAGAUGUAAAAGCAGCUCUGCGGCGGAAAUUGCGUUCACUGUGA